CUUUUAGUUGUGAUCGUCCGGUAAAGUCCACAGUAGGAAAUGUAUUUGCUUAGCUCUAAAUCGUAGCGGUACUCUAAUCUGGAAACAAGUAAAGGCUGUUUAUCAUCUGGACUUGGAGCACGCGGAGGAAUAUUAUACCACGUUAACGGAUGCGAGGGUUCUAUGUUUAAUGUAGCGCGCGCUGAAAAUUAACAAGCGGGUCCUCGAGACGGCUUAUUGAAUUUAGUUCGUUGGGGAUUUGAUUUUUAAAGUUUCGUAUUAGCUUUUGCUCUUGUCAAUGGCUAUUGUAUGUUAUUGGUCGUAAAUAUUAUUACAGGUAAGACUGUCUUGGAAAAAUGCCACUUUAUGGUAAAAUUGUUGUUAUCAAGAGGAAUGGUGCGGAUGGAAACGAAUAUCCUUUAACUGCAACAUCCUGCUUAUUUGGAAGGAAAGCUGAAUGUGACAUCCGUAUCCAGUUGCCUCAUGUUUCUAAAGAACACUGCAAGAUUCAAGUAAAUGAAAACAAAGAGGUUACAUUAAUUAACUUGAGUGCAGUUAAUCCUACUCAUUUGAAUGGUAGUUCUGUUCAGCAACCUGUGCGUUUAAAACAUGGAGAUGUAUUCACAAUUAUUGAUCGUUCUUUCAGGUUUGAAUAUUCUUCAGAAUCUACACCUAGACAGAGAAGAUCUACAUCAGUGAAGAAAGAUGUUUUGCAGCAAACACCUGAAUGUGAAGAAACACGUGGAAGAGGACUGCGCAGAAGUCUUCAUACUCCUGGUAAGGCCAGUGAAUUCAAGGAUGUUACUGCAGAGUGUGUGAACCUUCCCGAUACGGCUGUCACAAAUGGUGAUGCAACACCUCAUUCCAGAAAGACCACACCCAAAACUGUAGAAUCUAAAAUCAUUCUGGAGAAUGUCGCGAAGGACAAGUCCCCUUUUCGUGAACUGUACACGUUGUAUAAAGACCAAAUUGAAACACCCAAGGGUCUGGAUGUACACUAUGAGAAUUUUUCUAGCCAUGGAAGUCUGUCUGUUCUUGAUAAUACACAGCAGGAAAAAACUCCUUUCUUUGCAGUACGUAAAAGUGCUCGCAAAAGCCAGGGUGAAGAUCCAACCCUUUCUGCAGUUAAUGCACAGUUUUUACAGGCCGUUGACGAGUACGGAAAUCAAGAUGUUGCUCAGAGGUCACCUGUGUCUAGACGGAGUAAAGUUGGUAGGAAAAGCCUGACUCUGGCAGAACUUUCUCAGCCCGACUCUGAACAGAUUUUACUUUCAAAAUACAGUACGUUGGAGAAAUCAUUUGAAGAUGCAAACAGAAGUCCCAGCAGAAGUCGUCGCAGUGUAGGGUCCAAAAGUAAAGAAACUGUUACUGUAACAGUGGAUGCAGUAAGCAAGAGUAUUGUGGACAAUAAUGCAUCUCAUUUAAAUGAGAGAAGUCUUGUAGAAUGUAACCAGUCCCAAGGUUCCUUGGAUGCUGAAAGUGAAAACCAAGUCAGCAUGACAGCUGGUCAGGUUCGUAAGCGUCGAAGUCGCUCUUCCCGGGGAUUCAUAAUGGACAUGAAUGUGGGUAUUGAUAACAUCAGUGGCUUGAAGUCCCCUGAAGGGAUUCCUUCCCCAAAGGCUACAGGUUCUGAUAAGCAUUAUAGUGUUGCAGGUGAUGCACAGAGCUCUUCAACACCUGAAAAAUAUAUAAAUGAGCCAGGAUCUAGGAGAAAUUCUGCUUCCAGGAAGUCUUUCAGUGCAGAAGAAGUCUUAAACAAAAUUCAAGAAUCAAGUUCAUGUGUUUCAGAUCUAUCAGACCUUUCUGACAACAGUAGGCCGAAACUGAUAACAUCUCCUAGAAGUGUUCAUUUGUCCCCUCGUAAAGUAGAAAUUCAGGAGCAUGUUACGGACAGAGUAGAUUCUUCACUGAAACAAAUGAGAGUGAGAACAUCAUCUCCUAAAGUGAGUUCUAGCCCAUCCCCAGAAAGAUCAUCUAAAAAAUUGGUUGUAAAGAGGGCGGAAGAGGUAGCUUCAGAAAUAACUGUGGGAACACCACGUGGUGCCAGGAACCAGUCAGGGAAGUCGCCAAGGAAAAGAAGAAGCGGUGAACUUGAUCCAUUAAAUGAGCCAUUGCCUAAGAGGAAGAGAGUGUCUUUUGGAGGACAUUUGAGUCCAGAGCUGUUUGAUAAACGUUUGCCACCAAACUCACCCCUUCGGAGGGGUGCUACUCCUAGGAGAUUAAGUUUGGGAAGCAAACCUCGUGCUGUUCUGAAAAGAGCUUCUCUGGGAAUGAAACAUUCCACAAUUCAGGAGCAGGCUGAGGGAAAGACCUCUGUAUCCCCUUCGAGGCAGAGAGCUUGUGUGUCUGGCGAAAGUUAUACUGCACGGAAAAGCAGCCCUUCAGUAAUUGGCUUACCAUCCAAGGUACAUGCUGCACCACUUGUUAGAAGGUCCCUUGAUGGGAAGAAUCGGUCUCGGAGUAUCUCUCUGUCGUCACCUGAAGAGACAUCUUCAAAAUUGGAACCUGUUCUGGGCCUUGGAAGUCCAUCACAAGACAGACCACGUGGAACAGCUUCAAAAAGUCCUUCCCCUGCAAAAAGCAAUGAGAACAGAGCUUCCACUGAACUGGUUAUGGCAAUGGUCCUUUCCCCAAAGGGCUCCAAGAGAGGUAGGAGGUCGUUUUCAGAAUCUCCAACCAGGAGUAGUGUACUGAAUCUGUCAGGAAAACUGUCCCCAAAACAAAGAUCCCUUUCAAAUUUGUCACUAGAAAAUCCAUCCUUUGCAACACCUGUUCAUCCGUUUCUUGGAAAGAAAGCCAGUGUGCCAACAUGUGGUUUGAAUCUGUCCCUCCCUGAAUCAUCAGUUAAGAGUUUAUCAGAAGGCCACAUCAAAGUGGUUCCCGCCAUCAGUCCGUCCCCUGGCAGGAGAGCAUCCCGUGAAGCUGUAGCCACCACAAGCCCAUCACCCAGUAGGAGAGCAUCCCGUAAAGCUUCAUCUUCCACCAGCCCAUCCCCCAGCAGGAGGGCAUCCCGUAAAGCUACUCCUGCCAGCAGUCUGUCCCCUGACAGGUUAUCCCGUAAAGCCACAUCCCCAGCUGAAAAACUUUCCAUUAGUUUUUCUCCAGAAAGAAAAUCAUCUAGGAGGUCUUCAUCUUUGCUUCCCACAAGUUUGUCACUGGAAAGAAGGUCCAUUGAGCCAGAUAAUCCCUCUACCCCAUCUCAUGCAACAACUCCUAGUACAAACUCUUCAGAAAAAUCCUGUGCUGUGACACCUGACACCAGCCCCUCUCCAGCGAGGAGGUCCCGUGCAGCAACUCCUGGUAGAGGCUCUUCAGCAGAAUCCCAGGCUGUGACCCCUGUCACAAGUCCCUCUCCAGCAAGGAGGUCCCGUACAGCAACUCCUGGUACAGUGUCUUCAGCAGAAUCCCAUGCGGCAGAGGUUGCAGCAAGUCCCUCUCCAGCAAGGAGGUCCCGUGCUGUGACCCCUGCCAUGAGCCGCUCUCCAGCGAGGAGGUCCCGUGCUGCAACCCCUGUCACGAGUCCCUCUCCAGCAAGGAGGUCCCGUACAGCAACUCCUGGUACAGUGUCUUCAGCAGAAUCUCAUGAGGCAGAAGUUGCAGAAAGUUCCUCUCCAGCAAGGAGGUUCCGUGCUGUGACUCCUGCCAUGAGCCCCUCUCCAGUGCGGAGGUCCCGUGCGGCAACUCCUAGUACAGGCUCUUCAGCAGAAUCGCAGGCUGUGACCCCUACAGUGAGCCCCUCUCCAGCAAGGAGGUCCCGUGCUGUGACCCCUGCCACGAGCCCCUCUCCAGUGAGGAGGUCCCGUGCGGCAACUCCUAGUACAGGCUCUUCAGCAGAAUCGCAGGCUGUGACCCCUACAGUGAGCCCCUCUCCAGCAAGGAGGUCCCGUGCUGUGACCCCUGCCACGAGCCCCUCUCCAGUGAGGAGGUCCCGUGCGGCAACUCCUAGUACAGGCUCUUCAGCAGAAUCGCAGGCUGUGACCCCUACAGUGAGCCCCUCUCCAGCAAGGAGGUCCCGUGCUGUGACCCCUGCCACGAGCCCCUCUCCAGUGAGGAGGUCCCGUGCGGCAACUCCUAGUACAGGCUCUUCAGCAGAAUCGCAGGCUGUGACCCCUACAGUGAGCCCCUCUCCAGCAAGGAGGUCCCGUGCUGUGACCCCUGCCACGAGCCCCUCUCCAGUGAGGAGGUCCCGUGCGGCAACUCCUAGUACAGGCUCUUCAGCAGAAUUGCAGGCUGUGACCCCUACAGUGAGCCCCUCUCCAGCAAGGAGGUCCCGUGCUGUGACCCCUGCCACGAGCCCCUCUCCAGCGAGGAGGUCCUAUGCUGUGACCCCUGCCACGAGCCCCUCUCCAGUGAGGAGGUCCCGUGCGGCAACUCCUAGUACAGGCUCUUCUGCAGAAUCGCAGGCUGUGACCCCUACAGUGAGCCCCUCUCCAGCAAGGAGGUCCCGUGCUGUGACCCCUGCCAUGAGCCCCUCUCCAGCAAGGAGGUCCUAUGCUGUGACCCCUGCCACGAGCCCCUCUCCAGUGAGGAGGUCCCUUGCGGCAACGUCUAGUACAGGCUCUUCAGCAAAAUUGCAGGCUGCGACCCCUACAGUGAACCCCUCUCCAGCAAGGAGGUCCCGUGCUGUGACACCUGCCACGAGCCCCUCUCCAGUGAGGAGGUCCCGUGCGGCAACUCCUAGUACAGGCUCUUCAGCAGAAUCGCAGGCUGUGACCCCUACAGUGAGCCCCUCUCCAGCAAGGAGGUCCCGUGCUGUGACCCCUGCCACGAGCCCCUCUCCAGCAAGGAAGUCCUAUGCUGUGACCCCUGCCACGAGCCCCUCUCCAGUGAGGAGGUCCCGUGCGGCAACUCCCAGUACAGGCUCUUCAGCAGAAUCGCAGGCUGUGACCCCUACAGUGAGCCCCUCUCCAGCAAGGAGGUCCCGUGCUAUGACCCCUGCCAUGAUCCCCUCUCCAGCAAGGAGGUCCUAUGCUGUGACCCCUGCCACAAGCCCCUCUCCAGUGAGGAGGUCCCGUGCGGCAACUCCUAGUACAGGCUCUUCAGCAGAAUUGCAGGCUGCGACCCCUACAGUGAACCCCUCUCCAGCAAGGAGGUCCCGUGCUGUGACCCCUGCCACGAGCCCCUCUCCAGUGAGGAGGUCCCGUGUGGCACCUCCUAGUACAGGCUCUUCAGCAGAAUCACAGGCUGUGAGCCCCUCUCCAGCAAGGAGGUCCCAUGCUGUGAUCCCUGCCACGAGCCCCUCUCCAGUGAGGUCUCGUGCUGCAACUCCUAGUACAGGCUCUUCAGCAGAAUUGCAGGCUGCGACCCCUACAGUGAGCCCCCCUCCAGCAAGGAGGUCCCGUGCUGUGACCCCUGCCACGAGCUCCUCUCCAGUGAGGAGGUCCCGUGUGGCAACUCCUAGUACAGGUUCUUCAGCAGAAUUGCAGGCUGCGACCCCUGCAGUGAGCCCCUCUCCAGCAAGGAGGUCCCGUGCUGUGCCAGCAAGGAGGUCCUAUGCUGUGACCCCUGCCACUAGCCCCUCUCCAGUGAGGAGGUCCUAUGCUGUGACCCCUGCCACGAGCCCUUCUCCAGUGAGGAGGUCCCGUGCAGCAACUCCUAGUACAGGCUCUUCAGCAGAAUCGCAGCCUGCGACCCCUACAGUGAGCCCCUCUCCAGCAAGGAGGUCCCGUGCUGUGACCCCUGCCACGAGCCCCUCUCCAGCAAGGAGGUCCUAUGCUGUGACCCCUGCCACGAGCCCUUCUCCAGUGAGGAGGUCCCGUGCGGCAACUCCUAGUACAGGCUCUUCAGCAGAAUUGCAGGCUGCGACCCCUGCAGUGAGCCCCUCUCCAGCAAGGAGGUCCCGUGCUGUGCCAGCAAGGAGGUCCUAUGCUGUGACCCCUGCCACUAGCCCCUCUCCAGCGAGGAGGUCCUAUGCUGUGACCCCUGCCACGAGCCCUUCUCCAGUGAGGAGGUCCCGUGCAGCAACUCCUAGUACAGGCUCUUCAGCAGAAUCGCAGCCUGCGACCCCUACAGUGAGCCCCUCUCCAGCAAGGAGGUCCCGUGCUGUGACCCCUGCCACGAGCCCCUCUCCAGCAAGGAGGUCCUAUGCUGUGACCCCUGCCACGAGCCCUUCUCCAGUGAGGAGGUCCCGUGCGGCAACUCCUAGUACAGGCUCUUCAGCAGAAUUGCAGGCUGCGACACCUACAGUGAGCCCCUCUCCAGCAAGGAGGUCUCGUGCUGUGACCCCUGCUGCGAGCCCCUCUCCAGUGAGGAGGUCCCGUGCGGCAACUCCUGGUACAGGCUCUUCAGCAGAAUUGCAGGCUGCGACCCCUACAGUGAGCCCCUCUCCAGCAAGGAGGUCUCGUGCUGUGACCCCUGCUGCGCGCCCCUCUCCAGUGAGGAGGUCCCGUGUGGCAACUCCUAGUACAGGCUCUUCAGCAGAAUUGCAGGCUGCGACCCCUGCCGUGAGCCCCCCUCCAGCAAGGAGGUCCCAUGCUGUGACCCCUGCCAUGAGCCCCCCUCCAGCAAGGAGGUCCCGUGCUGUGACCCCUGCCAUGAGCCCCCCUCCAGCGAGGAGGUCCCGUGCUGUGACCCCUGCCACGAGCCCCUCUCCAGUGCGGAGGUCCCAUGUGGCAACUCCUAGUACAGGCUCUUCAGCAGAAUCGCAGGCUGUGACCCCUACAGUGAGCCCCUCUCCAGCAAGGAGGUCCCGUGCUGUGACCCCUGCCAUGAGCCCCUUUCCAGCGAGGAGGUCCCGUGCUGCAGAGCAGUCCUUUGCAAAAGCUCCAGGUAGAGAUUCUUCCCCCGAAUCCAGUAAAACUCGUACGAGCUCCUCACCAGGCAGGAAGCGCAGUGCAUCAGAGAAGUCCCUUACAGCGACUCCUGGCACCAUCUCCUUCCCAGAAUCACAAAUGGUCGCCCCACCUAAAAGUCCUUUGCCAGCUGAGAGGUCUCCUGCACGGGUUCCAGGCAUGAGCCUUUCACCAGAAUUGCAUGUGACCCUGGUGCGGCGGUCUCGUGGGUCUGCCACGAGCCCUUCCUCGGUGCGGAGGUCCCAUGCGUCUCCCUUGGCUACGAGCCUUUCACUAGUAAAAAGCCAGUCCUCACAAGCCUCAGUAAUGAUCGAUAAAAGUCCAUCACCAGUCAGGAGUGCUGCAAUAGCUACCUUAACUCCACAGAGGUCUCGCUUGGUUUCACCUGCCACAAAUCCAUCGCCAGCACUGAGUUCCCAAGUAGGAACAUCUGAACAUUCUUCAGGAGAGUGGGGGUCUGUCACAGCAUCUGAGACAAAGUUGUCUAAAAGAAAGUCCUCAGUAAAAUCUUUGGCUAAACGUCGUUCACGAGGAAGAUCCCUUGGAGUAGCCAAGCCAGCUAAAAGUCCAGUAGCAAGAAGGUCUGCAGUGUUGCCUAGCAUGAGUCACUUGCUUGUAACUGGUUCCAUUAUAAAAACUCCCAAGACCUUUUCAGUAGGAAAAAUGUAUUUUUCUGCUUCCAAGAGUCUAUCUGAAAGCACGACAACAGAAGAAACGCUAGUUAAGCGUUCAUCACGAAGACCAUCCCAAGCAGUAACAAGAGUUACAAGUCCAACUGGAAGGAAGUCUGCAGCAUCACCUGCUAAAAGUUCCUCACCUGAAAAAUCUCUUGGAAUACCCAGUGGUCGGCUGGCAGGGAAAAGAUCCCUUAAAGAAACUGCAAGUCCAUUGCUUAAAAGCAUGUCUGCACCAGACUCUCUCGCUACAGUUUCACCAGGAAGAUCUGUUGUGUCUUCUAGUAACAUGUCAAAUCUAAGAAGAUCUGCAUCUCUGCCCACCGUAAGUCCAACAGGAGGGUCUCUUCCAACAGUGCCCACCACGAGCCUAUUGCCUGGGAGAAGGUCCUCUUCUGAAAGCUCUCCAGGGAGGAAAUCCCUUGUUGAAAAACGUAGCCAGCGUCUCACAGUUGAGCAUACAACUGUAAAAGCUCCAAAAAGCCCCUCUACUGGAAUGAGGUCCAUUUCUGCACUUGGUAGAGUUUCAUCGGCUGGAAGGAAGUCUACAACAUAUUUACCUGCUAAAAGUCCAUCGCCAGAAAAGAGUUCAUUUACUGUAACACCUACUACGCGUCCAUUACCAAGGAGGUCACGUGCAGGUGCUACUCCAGAGACUCUGUCAGUUGAGUGCAAGGUGUUGGAAACAUGUACUGCAACAAAUCUGUCUGCAGUGAAGAGUUCUAAGAUGGUAACGCGUACCUUUUCACCAGAAAGUAAAUUGCAUGUAGUAGCAGCUGUCCUUGACCAGACUCCAAAAGCUUCUCAAAGACUCUCAAGAGGAAGGAAGUCUCUUAAAAGGACACCUGCUUCAUCACGGCGAUCUGCAGGAAAGUCCCAUACAGUGAGGCGGUCUUCUGGUGCACUUGCCACAAUACUAUCACUGCAAAAUGAAGAUGAAUUGGCAUUGCAGGUUACAAUGAAAUCAUUGAAUCUGUCGCAGGAAGGACAGCAUUCUGAAACACAGCCUAUGAAAAGUUCAGCUAAAAGGUCUAGUUCUUACUCUUCAUCAGAAAGUCCUUUAUUAGAAAAGUCUGUUAAAGCAGUUCGUAGUAAAAGUUCUGAACCAGAAAGAAAAUCUCUCUCCAUCGUUCCUGCCAAGAGUCUGAUACAUGGGAGGAGGUCCAUGGGGGAGGUGAAUGCAAAGAAGCUGCAUGGUACACUUUCUGCUACAAAAACUCCAGUAAGGGGCAGAAGGUCUCUUGGGGUUGACCCUGUUAAGAGCCAAUUAAGUGGAAGAAAGCUGUUGACUUCAGUCAAUGGCCCAUUGCAAGUUAGACUGUCAUUGGCUGCAGAUCCCAAAACCUUAGCUGCUCCUGUCAAGGGUCUUAAGCGAAGCAGGUCUCUGACUGUGGUAGCCGUAAACAAGGGUCCAUUACAUAAAAAAGUAGGGGCAAGAACUCCUGUACAGAGCCAGCCCCUCAAAUCUCUUGAAGGGUCAGUAAAGAGUACAGUUGAAAAACUGACGUCUGUUCCAGACAAGGGCAGAGUGCAGAGCAAGAGGUCUCUCUCUGCUCCUGAAAGAAGCCCAUCAGCAAAGAGGAUAUCUGGAACAGUAGGUCUGUCUAACCACCAGAGCUGUGUGUCAGCUGAAGUGACUGAAAAGAUGACUGCUAGGAAAAGUUUCAGAAAUAGUUCAUCAGUGACACCGUCCCUGAAAAGCUCUGCCAGAACAUCAUAUCCUUCCGAUGGUACUCCUUCUGUACAAGGUCGCUUUUCUGUGUCGCGAGUAAGCACACCUGCUUCAGAAGAUAAAGAACUAAAGAAUCGUGAACUUUUAAAACAUCUGGAAGAUUUGACUCCAACAGUUAAUAUGAUCUUGAGUAAAAGCCCACAUUCAGAAUCCGAGUUGCAGUCAAGAAACCGAAGAAAAAGUACAAGGGAGACUGCUGUUCGAAGAAGUGGUGUUAACACUGCUAAAGUUUCAGCUCCUAGCUCCUGGGCAGAUGUUGUGAAGUUUGGAAUUGCAAAAAUGCAAGAAAAGAUGAAACCAGAUGUUAAACAUGGGCUGAAGAUAAAGGCUGCUAAGAGAGUACCUCUUAGGAGCAAGACUCCAAAGAAAGUUAAAGGACAUGUCAGUACAGGACAUGCAGACUCUCCUGCAACUAUUAUCAUUGGCAGAGCUCAUAGAACUACAACAGAAAUGGUUGGAAGAGCCCCAAGAAUAGUACGGAAUUUGUCUAUAAAGCAAAACAUGCUAACAAAUGAAAGUUUCACAGGUCUUUCUGAAAUGUUUGCUACUCCUGUGAACAAGAAAUCCGAGAAAGUCUCAGAAAUUUCUAGCAUAGCUGUGAUGGAAACUGUGCAUCCAGUAGCUGAAUAUUCAAUAACUAAUACUCCUGAAGGAUCAGGAGAAAUGUCAGUGUCGCCCUUGAGUACCCCUGGUACUGGAAGACGUGGAAGAUUUAAUCGGGAUGCUGUUGCUCGUCUUAUGGGAAACAGUUUACAUUCAUCUGCUAAUAAACAGAAUGAUGCAACAGAGUCUUCUACCAAGAAGACUUCAAAAGCAACAGCUUCUGAAGAGAAAAGUCCUGGGGAAAAUCUAUUUAGGGUAAAGAGGAUAGCAAAAACUCCAAGACAGAAAUAUGAACCUGUUAGUGACCUGGCUGGGUUGAAAAGAGAGGUUAAAAGACUGUUGAAAACACCCAGACAGAAGAGUGAUCCAGUGGUUGACCUAGUUGGGAUUAAAAGGCUUUUAAAAACACCAAAACAUAAAGAGCAAGUGAUAAGCCUUGUUGGACUAAAAGCACUGUUGAGAACACCUAAGCAAAAAGGAAAGCCUGUAGAAGAUGUGUUUGGCCUAAAGCGGCUACUGCAAACACCGAAAGAGAAGGUAAAGCCUGUGGAAGACUUGGUUGGACUUAAAAGACUGUUGAGAACUCCCAAGGAAAAAGGACUGCCUUUGGAAGACAUGACUGGUAUUAAAAGGCUACUGAGAACGCCAAAGCAAAAAACAGAGCCAGUGGAAGAUAUGGUGGGCUUAAGCAGAAUAAUGAAAACGCCGAAACAGAAAGUUGUGUUAAAGGAUGAUUUCACUGGAUUACAGAAGCUGAUGGCAGUUCCCAAGCAAAAGCUUCCGGCUGCUGAAACUGACUAUAGUGGUUUUGAAUUGCUCUUUGGCAGUCCAGUGGAAAAAGAGGUGACUUCUGAAAAAAAUGCGGUGCAACUAUCUUCCACAGAAGUCGGUGACUUGACUGCCUCUGCAGGGCAAGAAGACACCUUGCAAGUGAAGACUAAAGAUAAGUAUACCGUACUUAAAAGGUCAACUCCAGUGCGUGCUGAAAGAAAUAAAAGGCAUGGUGCAAAAGUGAUCCCUCCGACUUGCAUUCAGGAAGUUGCAGAUUCAAAUAAAUCUACAUCAGAAACUCUAAAAGAAAGUGUUCUCCGCAAGAAAUCGCAGAGAGAUGUGUCUGUGCCUGAAAGCCUUGAUUCUGUGCACGUUGAAGUUUCUAAAACAGUUACUGCAGUUACGGAGGCAGAUGGAAAGUUGGCUUGCUUGGACACUGAUAGCCAUACAGUAUCUAAUAAAGAGCUCGGAGUUGAUAUUUCACCUAAAGGAGCAAGAAGAAAAACACCAAGUAAUGUUUUACAUACUGAAACAGCAGGGUUGAAGGUCAAAAGCAGACGGACCAAAAGUAAAAUCCUUGCUGCUUCUGAUGGGAAGGAUGUUAAAGGAAGUAAAGAUCAGACUGUUACUACUGAAGCUACAGCUACACGAUCUAGGAGAGGAAAGAAAGCUGAGCCUGCAGUCUCUGCAGCUGUGAAGGAAAUGUCUGAAGGUGUUAAACUUUCUUUUAAUUUGCCUAAUUCUGGGAGUUCAGAAUUUGAAGAUACUUAUGUACAACGAUCUAAAAAACACAAGACAAAGCAAAUUACUGUUGCAAGCAAGAUUAAAGAGGCUAACCAACCUUUUGUACAGACUGAUAAGGAUGUACAUGUUGCAGAGCAGUCCAACAAAAGCAUAACUGAGCACCGUAGUGUUUCUUUUGAAAAUGAACACAUUUCAGAAAGAGAAGCAAGGUCACCCAAGCGAUCUACCAGGAGGAGGAAGAAUGACGAAAAAGGUAGUUCUGGUGGAAAGGAAAGUCUGCCAUCAGCUGACCAGCAUUCUGAAGAGCAAAAUGACCCUGUGAAAAACAUUGAGUCUAAACAAGCCACCAAGACCAAAAGAGCUGUGCUUCGUAAUAUACCUCUGGAAAGCGAGACCAUACCAGUUAACAAACUACCUCUGCAAGAAGCUAAAGUUGAUGUGGUUUUGCUGUCUAAGCAAUCAGCCAGAAGAAAAAGAACUUUGCUUCUGGAAGUUCCUUUGGAAAAUGAAGCUUUAGUGCUUGACCAACUUCCUUUGCAGCCAGCUGAAGCCAGCUCUAAGAAUGCAAUACUGUCUGAGAGAUCAACCAGGGGAAAUAGAUCAACCAGGGGAAAUAGAUCAGAGUCUCAGAAAAUUACUAUGGAACAUGAAACUGAGAUGGCUAUUGAAAAACCUCCACAGUCAGAAGCAGAUGCUGCUGGCAAUGAAGUGAUUCCAUUACCCAAGAGAGCCACCAGAGGAAAAAGAGAGGAACUUCAGAGUGUUCCCUUGGAAAGCAAGACCGUCAUAGCUGCUGUUCAACUUCCCCUGCAGGCAAGAAGUGCUGCAGGUAACUGUGAGAUGGUGGUCUCCUCUAAAAGAGCUAUUAAAGGAAAAAUAGAGCUUCCACUGCAGCUGCUUACUGCUGACAGUGGAGUUAUUUCAUCAAAACGGUCUACUAGAGGAAAAAGAGGUGAACUUUUGAAUAUUCCUUUGGAUAAUGAAACUGUAAGCACUGAUGCGCUUCCUGUGCAGGUGGUUACUGUUGCUGAUAGUGAGGGGAGUUCCUCUAAAAAAUCUACCCGAAGAAAAAGAACAGAUCUUCAGAACAUUUCUUUGGAAAGUGAUACCAUAACCAUCAGUGACAGACUUGCACCAGUGGUUGCAGCUGCUCUGGAAAAUGUGACUUCUAAACGAUCCACCAGAGGUAAGAAAGCUGAGCUUCAGCAUAUUGUGGAAAGUGAGCCUGUAGGUGCCCUUGAUCAGCUUUCAGUGCAGGCAGCUAUUCCUGUGACUGAGAUAUCCAUUAAACGAACUACAAGAAGCAAAAAAAGGGAACUUCGGAGCAGUCCAUCAGAAAGUGAGAAACCGGAGGAUGCUUUUUUGCAGUCUGUGCAAACACAGAAAGCGGAAUCUGUUGAAAAUGUUGCCUCAUAUAAACGGUCCGCUAGAGGCAAGAAGACUGCAUUUCAUUGUGGUCCUGUUGGCCCUGAGACUUUAACACCAGCUAACCAACUUUCUGUCAAGGAAGCCACGUUCUCCAGACAUUCUUUAGGAGACAAAGCAAGACAAAUGGGGGAUAAUGUGGCUGCAGAUAAUUUGCAGAAAAAAGGCAAGUUCCGGAAUGUGAUUAGGCAAGAUAAAGAUAACUGGGACACAAUUCCAAUUUCACAGAUUUUUGAAACCGAAGAAAGACAUCUGGUUCCAUCUAAAACUAAGUCUGUACAGUGGCACCAUUCAGUAACAGACUCUAACACCACUGAUAUUCACAAGUCUGGAACCGAAGUAGAGAGAUCUGAAUUUAAAAGAUCACCACGAGGCAAGUUUAGUAACACAGGAGGUAUGGACAUAAAGUCUAAAUACAGUGAAUAUAAAUUAUCCCACAGUAAGUCUUCACAAAGAAGAAAACGGGAAGCUGAGGAGGAUGUUCUGGUGCCAGCAAAACGACCAAGGGUGGGAAAAUUGGAUAAAGACUCAACUGCUGAAGUGCCUGCUACACCCAAGUCUCAAGUUAAAAGUGCACAUAGUGGCAAGGAUUUGUCUCUUGUGAAAGAAUACGUGGCACAUGGUACUAACCUGCAGCUCUCUCAGAGUGAAUCUCGUGAAAGUUUAAAUACAUCAAGUGCAGAUAGUGAAGAUACAAUGCAAGGAAGCAAGUCUUUGAGGCGUAGGAUGGCAGGAAGUAGGAAAACUGAAGUUAGUCCAUCAAAAGCAAGGAUUGUAACCACACAUUCAAGAAGGCUUCCAAGGGGAAAAAUGAAUAGACACCCUUUAACACAUGAAGCAGAAAAAUCUUCCAGUAUGGCUGUUACAACUGAAUCCCAUGCGGAGAUUACUACGAAGCCAGUAGUUGGGAAAGGUGAAGUAGAAAGAAGUGGCUUUAAGGGUGAUAAAUUGCAGCCUAAAUUAGUAGGAGAGGAAGAGGGACUGCUGCUGAGCAAGUCUGAUUCUAAGAUGGGCCCUGUAGAAACAAAACUGAAGCAGAUAACAUCUGAAACUCUUGUUGCAUUUUCUAUUUCUGGUAGCCCAAAACUUACUAGAAAGAGGGAUGCUUCUCAGAAUAAAGUAGAGAGCCAGGAAACGAAACCUAUUUCUAGUAGAGUAACCACAGGAAUAGAUGGACAAAUUGCAGGUUUCAGUAGGCAAGAAUCUGUUGCAAGUGGAGAGGAGCAAAACAUUCAGGCUGAAUUUAAUAAAAGAAGCAAAUGCAAUAAACCUACACGUGGGGGGGGGGAAGCAGUCUCUGAUUUGUCAAGUUCUGCAAAAGUAUCCGAAUACAGACUUAAAAAUACUCCAAGGAGGGGUUUGCGUGCAAGAGCUUUUGGUGAACAGGAAGGCACUGCUACCAUUGCUGCCUCUGAAGUAGCAGAAUCAGCUAAGAAUACUGAAACUACUUUAAGACAAGAUGAGAGUAGGCAUGGAAAAUACAUCCGAUCUUCAAAGUAUUCCAGCAUUGGUGCUAGUCCUACAUCGGUAAAUCUGACAAAAGGUGAUGUGUCUGAGAGCUUAGAUUCUAGUGAAGUAGCACCCAGAAGAGGGGGUCGACAGAGACCUCCUAUAGCAAAUGAAAUGGAACAGAAGGUUAUACCAGUUAAAGAAAAUGUAGGUAAAAAAACUCGCAAGAGCAAGAAAGCUGAAAGCCACAGUACAGAUGGGCCUUUUGAAGUGCUUGAAGUAGCUCUUGAGACUAAACAAAAGGCAAAUGUAGCUGACCAAGAUAAAGCACUUUCUAAAGACUCCACUCCAUCUGUAGCAUUUCGAAGUGGCAGACGAAAACAAGCUGCUCAACAUGAGCCUGAGACUCAGCCCAGUCUCCCAAAAAAUUCAGUGAACUCUCCAAAAAGAAAUAAAGAGAAGGAUCAAACAGAAACUGGACCUGAAAUUCUAGCUGGCAUGCAGGUAAUUCCUAAAAAAAGCACUUCAAAGAGAAACCAAGAUAAGGAUGCAAAGGGAGAACAUGAAUUUCCUGCUAAAAAGUUUAAGCCAGAGGAUGAGGUCAUUCAGAGAUUGCGAGGAAAAUUGGCUACGAAGGAAAAUAUGGACAGGCAUGACAUUUCAUCUUUCACAGAACAAAGAAGGCUAAGAACAAGAGCAAAAAAGUGAACAUUUUAUUUGUAACAAGUUUUUAUCAUUUGCAUUAAAUACUGAAUCCCUUCAUGUACAGAAAAUUCUUGGGAUUAUGCUUGUGCUGGCCGUCAUUGCUGAAGGUUGCUGAUUCCGAUGUCAGUUUUUGUACAUGACGGAUUUUAAAUCUUUUAAACAUAAAAUUUUAAAGGACUUUAGCAACUCAUCUUUAAAGCUGUGGUUUAGAAGAGAUUUUACAAAAAGUGGUUAUAUGCUAAACUGUUUAAGAAACGUUAUGUAUUUUUGAUGUCAUCGUACAUUUGGCAUUUUCAGCUUAAUUUAAUUCAGGGUGUUGUAAAUAUUUCCUGUAUUUUUUCAACAUUUGUCUACCUUACAGUGGUGGUCUUUUUCAGUUGCUUGAUAUGUAUAGCUGAAAAGUUCAAUAGCUGUUUUGUAACAAAUUAAAUUUGUAAAAACAAA